AUGGAUAACAAUAAAAAUCCUUUUGAUUUAAUGAAUAUGUAUGAAGAUAAAUGUGUUUAAAGUAUUUUAGAGCCAGGAGAAAAAAUAUUACUAAGUUCAUUAAUAUAUAAAUUUAAUCACGUUAAUAAAAAAUAAGAAAGAAUACUAUGUGUUACAAAUAAAAACAUAUACAAUAUAUUACCGCCAAAAUUUUUAUCAAAUUUAUUAUCAAAAGUAAUUAACUCUGCUAGAAUUAAAAGAAAAAUUCCAUUAAAUAAACUUUUUGGUUUAACAGUUUCUAGAUUUGGAUAUUAAUUUAUUAUUCAUGUUCCUGGAGAAAAUGAUUAUUUAUUAAAAAGUGAAAAUUUUAGGGAAUAAAUAAUUAAUACUAUAUGCUUUGCAUAUUAUGAAUUUAACUAAAAGAAAAUGGCAUUUUUUUAUAAGGAUGAUUUAACUCUUAUGUAAUAUUGUACAACUAAAAUUGAUGUAAAAAAUAAACUUUCUAAUAUGCCAAAAGAUUAGCCAUAAGUAAAGAAAAAGAAAAUUAUAAAUUUUUUAAAAUAAAAAAAGUAUCUUGAUCCUGAAAGUAUGUCAGGAAACGAAAAUGCUGUUGAAAAUGAUUAAAAGCUUUCAAUUGAAGAUUUUCAUUUAAUAAAAGUAUUAGGAAGAGGUGCUUUUGGUAAAGUAAUGCUCUGUUAAAAAAAAGAUACUAACGAAUUAUAUGCUAUAAAAUCAAUGAGAAAAGAAGAUAUAAUAGAUAAAGAUUAAAUAGAACAUACAAAAGCAGAAAGAAAAAUAUUAGAAUAAGUAAAUUUUCCAUUUUUAGUGAAUUUAGAAUAUGCAUUUUAAACAAGAGAAAAAGUAUUUUUUGCAAUGAAGUUUUUAAUAGGAGGUGAGCUUUUUUUCCAUUUGAAAAGACAAAAAAGAUUUACAGAAUAAGCUGCAGCAUUUUAUUCUGCAUAAGUUUUAUUAGCAUUAGAAUACUUGCAUUAAAUGAAUGUUGUUUAUAGAGAUUUAAAACCUGAAAACAUAUUAAUGGAUGAGGAAGGAUAUAUUAAACUAACUGAUUUUGGUCUAGCAAAAUAGCUUGAAAAAGAUUAACUAACUCACUCAUUUGUAGGGACUCCUGAUUAUAUUGCUCCUGAAAUUAUUAAUAUGGAUGGACAUAAUAUAUUAGCUGAUUAUUGGGCUUUAGGAAUUUUAAUAUAUGAAAUGGUCAUUGGUAUUCCUCCAUUUUAUAAUAACAACUAAAGCAUUAUGUUUUAAAAUAUAAUUGAAAAAGAUGUUAGGUUCCCUCAAUCAGUUCCACUUUCAAAAGAAUGUAUGGAUAUAGUUAUUAAAUUAUUGUAAAAAAAUCCUGAAGAAAGACUAGGCUAUAAAGAUGUGUAAGAUAUUAAAAAUCAUCCUUUUUUUAAAGAAAUUAAUUUUGAUGAUUUAAUAUAAAAAAAAAUUUAAGCUCCUACUAUUCCUAAAAUUAAUAAUAAUAAAGAUGUAGGAAAUUUCGAAUCUGAAUUUACUGAAGAAGAUGCGAGAAAUUCGUUUGUCAAUAGUGGAAAAAAUAUAGAAUUAUAUCAAAGAUAAUUCUAAGGUAUGACUUUUGUCCCUGUUAAGAAUGAUUUAUGA